AGCAUGUUUACAGAGCACAUAAGCAGCAUGGUUGCAGAAUGCAUAAACAGCAUGGUCGCAGAACAUAUAAGCAACGUGAUUGCAGAGCGCAUAAGAAGCAUGGUCAUUGAGCACAUGAGCAACAUGAUUGUAGAUCAUAAUAGCAGCAUGGUUGCAGAGCCCAUAAGCAACAUCAUUGCAGAGCACAUAGGCAACAUUUUUACACAGCAUAUAAGCAGCAUGUUUACAGAGAACACAAGCAGCAUGUUUACAGAAUACAUGAGCAGCAUGGUUGCAGAGCACAGGAGAAGAAGCAUGGUUGCAGAACACAUGAGAAGAAGCAUGGUUGCAGAACACAUGAGCAGCAUGGUUGCAGAACACAUGAGAGGCAUGGUUGCAGAGCACAUAAGCAGCAUGGUUGCAGAGCCCAAGAAAUGAUACCUUGUAUUUAUGUCAGAAGCAAAACCAGCAAGAAUGAGUUUUAACAAUACCUUGCUCUACCAAGCCAUCGUACUUUAAUUCUUACUGUGCCUGGAUGAUUGCAUAGUAAGUUUAUACUUCUCAGCAGAAUAAAGAUCCAAUAGGAUCCCCAGCAGAACAGUUCAGAGAAAUGGGAUCUAUUUUCUAAGAAGCCAAAGCCACAUUUCCCCCAAAGCCAGUCAUUACGGAUUGGAUUGCCAUUGUCUUUAUGAGAACAUUUACUAGCACGGACAGGAUAGCUUCACUCUGUUCUCCACUCAACAGGGCUGGAGUUCCUUGACCUCCCCCUCUGCACUCUACCAGAAACUGACUGAGACAGAUGCAGAUAUUUACAGACAAGCAAUGGACUGAGGUCGGGGACCCCCAUGCAGUGAUUUUUAUAGAAUGAAACUUCCUAAUGGCUAAACUGGCAUUCCUCGGAUCAAAACUACUUGCAGAGUUUCCGGUUGACCAGCAUUCAUAGGAAUGAAGACAAAGUCAGAGAUGGUGUGUCUGAGAAACUUCAAAAGGUGUAGACCUCCCGAUUGAAGCAUACCUGAUUUGGUUCAUUUUCCUUCAUAAUACCUCUCCUCUCUACAAGGGAGUCAUGAUUACACUAACAGAGUUAAAAUGCUUAGCGGACGCCCAGUCAUCCUACCACAUACUGAAGCCGUGGUGGGAUGUCUUCUGGUAUUACAUCACCCUCAUCAUGCUGUUGGUGGCUGUGCUGGCCGGAGCCCUGCAGCUCACCCAGAGCAGGGUUCUCUGCUGUCUUCCCUGCAAGGUGGAAUUUGACAAUCAGUGCGCUGUGCCUUGGGACCUCCUGAAAGGCAGCGAGAACGCAUCUUCUAACUCGGGCCUGCUGCUCCCGCUGCCACUCCGGAUCCAGAACGACCUCCACCGGCAGCAGUACUCCUACAUCGAUGCUGUCUGCUACGAGAAACAGCUCCAUUGGUUCGCCAAGUUUUUCCCCUAUCUGGUGCUUCUGCACACCCUCAUCUUCGCAGCCUGCAGCAACUUCUGGCUUCACUACCCCAGCACCAGCUCGAGGCUGGAACACUUUGUGUCCAUCCUCCACAAGUGCUUCGACUCUCCGUGGACCACACGCGCCCUGUCAGAGACAGUGGCGGAACAGUCAGUGAGGCCCCUGAAGCUCUCCAAGUCCAAAACCUUGCUCUCAACCUCAGGGGGCUCCGCCGACAUCGACGCCAGCAAGCAGUCAUUGCCCUACCCACAGCCAGGCUUGGAGUCGCCUGGCAUAGAAAGCCCAACUUCUAGCGUCCUGGACAAGAAGGAGGGCGAACAAGCCAAGGCCAUCUUUGAAAAAGUGAAGAGGUUCCGCCUGCACGUGGAGCAGAGGGAUAUCAUCUACCGGGUGUACCUGAAGCAGAUAAUCGUUAAAGUCAUCCUGUUUGUCCUUAUUAUAACCUACGUCCCCUACUUUCUCAGCUACAUAACUCUUGAAAUCGACUGUUCGAUCGACGUGCAGGCAUUUACAGGCUAUAAGCGCUACCAGUGUGUCUACUCCUUGGCAGAAAUCUUCAAGGUCCUAGCUUCCUUUUACGUCAUUCUGGUGAUGCUUUACGGCCUCACGUCCUCCUACAGCCUGUGGUGGAUGCUGAGGAGUUCCUUGAAGCAGUACUCCUUUGAGGCUCUCAGGGAGAAAAGCAACUACAGCGACAUCCCCGAUGUCAAGAACGACUUUGCCUUCAUCCUCCACCUGGCCGACCAGUACGACCCCCUGUACUCUAAGCGCUUCUCCAUCUUCCUGUCGGAGGUCAGCGAGAACAAACUGAAACAGAUCAACCUCAACAACGAGUGGACCGUGGAGAGACUGAAGAGCAAGCUCGUGAAAAACUCGCAGGACAAGGUCGAGCUGCAUCUCUUCAUGCUCAACGGUCUCCCGGAUAACGUCUUUGAGCUGACGGAGAUGGAAGUGCUGAGCCUGGAGCUGAUCCCGGAAGUCAAGCUGCCGGCUGCCGUCGCUCAGCUCGUCAACCUCAGGGAGCUCCACGUGUACCAUUCGUCCCUGGUGGUCGACCACCCCGCCCUGGCCUUUCUAGAGGAGAACUUAAGAAUCCUCCGCCUGAAAUUUACCGAGAUGGGGAAGAUCCCACGCUGGGUGUUCCACCUGAAGAACCUCAAGGAGCUGUACCUGUCGGGCUGCGUUCUCCCGGAGCAGCUGAGCAGCUUGCACCUGGAGGGCUUCCAGGACUUGAAGAACCUGAGGACCCUCUACUUGAAGAGCAGCCUGUCGCGGAUCCCUCAGGUGGUGACAGACCUGCUGCCCUCCCUGCAGAAGCUGUCCCUUGAUAAUGAGGGAAGCAAACUGGUUGUGCUGAACAACCUGAAGAAGAUGGUCAAUCUGAAAAGCCUGGAGCUGCUCAGCUGCGACCUGGAGCGCAUCCCCCACUCCAUUUUCAGCCUGAACAACCUGCACGAGCUGGACCUGAAGGAGAACAACCUCAAGACCGUAGAGGAGAUCAUCAGCUUCCAGCACCUCCCGAGCCUCUCCUGCCUGAAGCUCUGGCACAAUAACAUCGCUUACAUCCCCGCGCAGAUCGGAGCGCUGUCUAACCUGGAGCAGCUCUUCCUGGGUCACAACAACAUCGAGAGUCUCCCUCUGCAGCUUUUUCUAUGCACCAAACUACACUACUUGGAUCUAAGCUAUAACCAUCUGACCUUCAUUCCCGAGGAAAUCCAGUACCUGACCAAUCUGCAGUACUUUGCUGUGACCAACAAUAACAUUGAGAUGCUACCAGACGGGCUGUUCCAAUGCAAGAAGCUUCAGUGUCUACUCCUGGGAAGAAAUAGCCUAACAGAUUUGUCCCCUCUGGUGGGGGAGCUGUCAAACCUCACCCACCUGGAACUCACUGGUAACUACCUGGAGACACUGCCUGUGGAGCUGGAAGGGUGUCAGUCUCUGAAACGGAGCUGUCUGAUUGUCGAGGACAGUUUGCUCAAUUCCCUCCCGCUUCCCGUGGCAGAACGCUUGCAGACCUGCUUAGAUAAAUGUUAACCUGAGGUUCAGACUCGAGGCAAAAGCAGUUCUAAAGAGGCCCCGGGAUAGGAGGAUGAACUUUCCUAAGUUAUCAAGAUGAGAGAUGGCCGGUGACUCUGACACGCCAUAACCAAAAAUAUUACCAAAUAACCCAGUGUCCAAAUCAAGCAGUUAAAUAUCCACACCGGAGUUUUGUGAAUAACUGAUGUUUAAAUUAUUGAGAUGUAAAAAGUAUGCAUUGAAGGUGGAUUGAGGGGCGUGUCGUUACAGAAACCUUACCUUUCACAUCUUAUCUUCAGAACCCUGUCCCCACCCCCACCCCAACCCUUUACUUAUUUGCAUACAUGUUUUCAUAGAACCUUGUAGUCUGAUAUUUAACUCCAUGAAGACUCGUCGGUAUAAAUCUCCUUGUUGUAUGCUCACCACUGGCUUUGAUUUAUAUUGUUUCUUUUUUUUGAGCAGCAUGCAUCACGCUGGGCAGAAUUCCAUCUUGGCUGUCUUCUCUGCUCCUUUCUCAUUUUGCUGGAAUCCUCAUCCAGGCUUCUCUGAUAGUCCUGGGAAAGUGCUUACGUUUGGCGUUUGCCUAGAACAGGAGCCAGGGGUUCUAGGACAUGUGAUCUUCUGAGCACCCUAAAAAUUAAUGCAUUCUCAAAAUGUCUUCUGGUCUAUCAUCAAAGCCGGUUUUAAAUAUGUUGAAGUUUUUUAUAUGAAAUAUAAAAUAUUUUCUACUGUAUGAUCUCAGAUGCUACAUCUACGAGAACACCUUUUUGUAAGCAGUGAACAUGUGCAUCUCUGUAAGAAUUUAAUGAUUCUUAGUUUGGGCUGAUUAUGAUUCUCAUGUUUGUAUGCAUUCUGCUCCAAAAAUUUUUGUACUCUUGCAACUAAUUACUGCAACCAAUUUGGAUGACAAAAAGCCUUGUGUUUUGCUCCCUAACAUCUUUGAGGGUUUCCUCAUGAGAGGACAGGAGGGCCGCUGAAUCACCUACCUCUCCUUGCUGUUGUCCAAGAGUACGGGUACAACCCCUCAAUUACUUAAAAACUACCACCAAGGGGAGAGGGCAAGAUCUAGAUUGGAAAAUUGAUUGGAAAAUACUCUGUUAGAUGUAGCCCCCCCCCAAUCUGCAUGAUCUCUCAAUAUGACUAUGAUAGAAGCCAUCUAUUCAGAAUCUAACUGAGCCCAUGAAACUGACAUCUAUCUCAUAGGCUGCCUUGUGACCCCUGGAAUACGUCAUGUUCCUCCUGACAAAGAGCUUUGUGUUUGGCCCUUUUUUUUAAUCAUGCGUAUUGUUGAAUAAAUAAAAUAGAUUGACUUACACUGGGGAAGUGGACAUUGUAGCAUGUUUUUCUCUCAUAAGUCUAGGCAUUAUGAAACCACCUCUUUUUAGACAUAGCUGUCAAAUAAUCCAUUAACUGCAUCUAAAAAAAAAACUGGAAAACACUUCUAAGGAGUCUUCUAAACACAGAACUGUGGCAUGUUGUUUUCUCCUAAUUGUUCUAGAAAGAUGAAAAUGUCUCUCAGUGGCCGUAUAUACCUGAUGUCUAGAGAAGAGAAUUUCAUGGAGGAAACCUGAGUAAAGUUAGUUACAAAGAAUAUACUGAAGGCCCUAAGCUGCCUAACACACUAUGGAUAGACUAAAAGAGACAUCUUAGCAAAGCUUGCCUUUGUUAGAAUGUCCAAGUUCUCAGGGACCUAGGCAUAACUGGCUCUCACUGGGGCCUCAUGGACAGGCCCUGGCUUAGCCAGGCUUUUCUGAUUUUUACUGUUUUAAUAAUGUGAGCUGAUGGCUGACGUUUUCCAGUAAAAUCAUCACGUGGACCAAUUUCAAAGUUGACUGGAAUUGUCUGAAGUUUUGAACAUAAAUGUGAGUGAGGUUUCAAUACUAUCAAUCGUGCUUCAUAUGAACUAAAAAAAAUCCCACUCUAACCAGUUCAGACUGUCUAAGCCUCCCCCUGAUGAAGGAGAAAUUUCCUGUGCCUUUGUUUUCCAGUAUAUGCAUCAUUGGCUAACUGGUCUACCUCCUCAAAGCAGUUCCCUAGAUGGAUCAAUCAUGAGGUGUGAGCCACUUUCAACACACAAGGCUGUUGUUACUGGUGGAAACCAUAUUGCUCUUGAUACAACAGUCUUAUAGUGUCUCUUGUAUUUAACACUGAUGCAUCAAUGUUGAGGUAGCUUUUCAAUCUAACACAAAGACAAUGGACAACACAUUUCCCACCUGACAGAGAUCUGUGUUAGCACUGGCUUUACUAACCUAAGUGUUGAUCGCCACCUUACUGAAGAAAGUAGUCUUACAAAUUAUCAUGAGAUUAAAGUCUCAUGGUAAAAAUAUUCUUUCCAAAAACCAAAUGUAGAGGCUCAAAAACAAAACUUUGGCCUAUACUAAAAUAAUAUGGGCUAAUUUGCAUACACACAUACAAGUACAGAGAAAGAUGUAUAGCUUCAGUUUUGCAAAUUUCAGUUUUCAAUGUUUUUCUGAAAAUUGCAGGAGGUUAUAGGUUAGUCUGAGGAUAGCAACUUUUUUAAUUCAUUAUUUUUAAUCACGAAGUAUUCAGUUUCUAUAAAAUCAACUUUAGUUUAAGAAGAUACCAUGUGUUCCCACAAGGGCAGAGUUUUCCCCUCAUCUACAUCAGGGUGGAUUUCUGCAGCAUAAUUAUACUGAAAUUUUAUUUUAACCUUCUGUGUGUUAGCAUAUUUCUGUUAAUAAUAAACAGGUUGAAUCAGGGUACGUGAAAUUGUUGGGUUCUCAGUGAUAAUGGCAAGCUCUAAUUUGUGUGCUGCAGUGUGCUAAAGUGGUUUAUGCACAUGACAUUAUUCUUUGAUGAUGAAAUGGUUCUGCUCGUGUUUCAUAAUUCUGAUACCAUGUUUAAUUAAAACAGCACAUGAUAUUGAUGGGUUCAUGAAAAUGGCCAACACUUACUCUGUGGAGUUGUCACUGUUUCCUUACAUUUUUCAGGAAAUCCUUCCAUCUCUGCAGUCACGUGGCACUGGUCCAUCCGCACACUGUUUUGUCCUCACCCACCUCACUGAAUCUGAUGGACACUGUACAGUCGCAGUCUCUUUGUGCAGAAUUGGCAGCGAUGCCUGUGCUUGAUCAUCCCUGUUUAUAAGAAUCCAGCUUCUGGUCUCUGUUCUCAUUAACCGCAUAUUGCAUUAUAGAAUGAAAAAUAAGAGAGACUAAUUAGAGAGAGGAAGGAAGACUUAUUUUGCAUCCUGAAUGAAAAAAUAUAUAUAUAUAUAUUUAGACAGUGUAAACAAACAACUGCUGCAGAGUGUCCUGUGUGUAAUAGUGUCUGGUGUGUACCUGUGUGCUGUGCUAAAUCAGGGGACCCUUUCUGUCUCUUGUCCAUGGUGUCUAUAUCCAGUGACAAGUGUCUGCUAUGUACCUUUUGCAAUGGACUUCAUAAACUGCAUUCUCUAAACCUUUUUUUUAAACAAUUUCAUGAACAAUUUCAUAAACACUGAAGUAUUAACAGAUUAUAUGAGUCAGAGUAUUGAGCUGAGAUAGCUUCUAAUUGAACUUAAUUUUAUAUUUAAGUUUUGAAUUUAUCACAAAAUACACCAUAGCUGAGAAAAAAACAAUUAUGAAUGCCUUCUGCAUGUUCGUUAUUUCUAACAGACAUGGUGCAAUUUUUUAAAUACAGAAAGGUGUAGGGUUAGAAUGGAUGUGUCUGCACUCAUCUCUGUUGUCUGUCUGUCUUUAUAUUCACACUGUACAGUAAGACUUAAAGUUCUAAGUUUCAUGCUAAGUAAAAGGAUGACCCGAUCUUGGGCGGAGAUACUUAGUUUUGUUAGCUCCCAGUGGAGGCCGGCAUUUGCCCUUUUACCUUUUACCAUAUACUUGGAAAUGUGUAUCUGGAAUUAACUACUAGAAAAUGUAUGAUUAUGUUCCAUGUUUUUGGCCCCUGGAUUCAAAUCCCUACAUUUGGUAGAUUUGGGUAAAUUUUGCUGUUUUUAAAGCAUCUUUUAUGUAAAAAGAUUACAUUUUUAUAAUAAAUGGCAAAUAAGAUGAAUCACUA